AUGCCGCUGUGGGACGACGACUUCGUCGAUGUCUCUUCAUCGUCGAGGACUGUUCAUCGGCGUCCGAAAAAGCCACCGCCAGUUGCUACGGGUCCGAAACGCGCGGAAAAGAUGGCGUUGUCGGACGACGACUUUGUCGAGGACAACAACUUCGCCGAGGCUCCUUCCUUGGCGCUGCAUGGGCAACCACCGGUUGCUACGGCGGUGACCUUCCACGUGGGUGAUCGGACCUUCAAACACGACUGUGGGUUUCACAUCUACCUUGUCGCAAGCAAAGAUGAAGCCUACCUCGAGGUUCGAAGUCCAUCACUUCAACAUGACAACCACACCGUGUCCAAACACCACUUCAGCCACUUGCCUCAGCAGCGGAGAUUGCCACCUGACCUGCAAGCCAAAGCCACAUCGAUGCUGGAGCUCAAGGCGAAUAAGAAGUUGCUAAGGGAGCAUCUUGAGACUGAAAGCAACAGAGUGAUCACACUGAGAGACCUUUCUAACCUCGCAGCCAAAAAGAAGCAAGCGUGUUCAAGAAAUGACCUAGAAGCAAGUGUCAAAACGCUCCAACAGAAGUACAAGUCGACAGUUCAAUUGCUAACGGACGAGAACAAUGAACUUAGAGCGAUAUUCUUUCAUUAUGACGCCAUGAAAAGAUCUUUGAAGGACUACCCUGAAAUAAUCUUUAUUGACGCAACAUACAAGUUGCUAGAAACAAGGAUGUUAUGUUUUCUUAUGCUCGUGAAAGAUGGAAAUGGUGAAAGCGAAAUUGUUUCAGUUUGUCUGUUCGCUGAAGAUGGUGACACUUUGCGGUGGUUUUUUAAUGUGUUUAAAAAACUGAACAAGAGCUGCGACUCCGUGAAGAUCACCAUGGCUGACAAAGACCUGAAGGAAAGGCAGAUUGUCACGGAGCUUCUUCCGCAGUCUUCCUUGCACAUCUGUGCUUUCCACACCCUGCAGACGUUCCGACGAGAAAUUAGCAUACAAAAGCUCGGAAUAACAAGGCCAGCUCAAGAAAUGGCACUUGAUAUACUUCACCGAAUGGUGUAUGCAAAAGAUGAAGAUCAAUACCAACAACUGUACGAAACCCUGAAGUCCUCGUCGUCGAAGGCGGUGCUCGACUACUUCGAGUCUAACUGGCAUGGCAUCCACCACGAAUGGAUAAUGGGUAGUAAGUGGUCCUGCGGUAACUACCUCAACUCAACAAAUAACCGCGCCGAAAGUAUCAACGCCAAGUUGAAGAGCACCGUUGAGCGAUACAGCUCAUUAGAAGACUUUGUGACCAAGUUUUUCUGCUUCGUGCACACAAGGAAGGAGCGGAUGCACAAGGCGGCAACAUUCUUUCUCAAGAGACGACUCAUAACAAACGGUGAUAAAGACCUGGAACUAUACAGCCGGUUGUUGACUCCAUACGCAUUCAAGCACGUGGAACGUCACCUUCACUUUUCCAGCGGACCCUCUGCAGACACAUGA